CUCCAACCGGUCCCAGGCUUGAAAAUCAAUUUCCGCUUUUGUAAGACGCAUACACUGUGAGAAUACGGUCCAGUCUGCCUCCCCCCUCCGGACUAGAUCUGGCUUCCUGGAAGAGACAGCCAGCUUGAGCUCCCCGUUCCGCACUCGCCGCCCACCAGACCCGGACCAGUGGCCGCCGCCAUUGAGCUCCAGCCGGACCGAUCCGCUCUUCAGGUACGUGGUCCGAGACACAGGAAAUCUAGAUGGGGAGUAUCAUGAAACUAUAUUACGAGUGGGAAAUCCAGGUGCUUGUGCUCCUUAGCUUCAUGCUACAAAUGUUCCUCUUCUUCGCCGGCAGCCUUCGGCGGCGUGGCAUCAACUCGUUUCUCAGGUUCUUCACUUGGAUAGCUUAUCUGGGCGCGGACUUAGUGGCAGUUUACACCCUGGGCUACCUCUCGCGCCAUGAGGAUGCCACCACCGGACUAUCUUUCUUCUGGGCACCAUUUCUUCUCAUCCAUCUUGGUGGGCAGGACACCAUUACUGCUCUCGCCAUGGAGGACAACAAGUUGUGGUUGAGACAUUUACUGACUCUGUUUAUGCAAGUUGUCCUAGCUUUAUAUGUUUUCUGGAAGUCCAUUGACAAACACGGCGUGGAGCUUCUAGUUUCGGAUGUCUUUGUGUUUGCUGCUGGAAUUAUCAAGUAUGGAGAAAGGGUAUGGUCUCUCAAGUGUGGGAGCUUUGAAACCCUCCAGGGUUCCACUGGACAACAGUACAAGCAACAGGUGCCGGGAGAGGUUGCCGAGGAUCCCUAUUCUCACAUUGUUUGCGCUGUCCUGCAUCGUAUGCCACGUGUCUUUCGAAUCUUUACAGCACGAUCAGGUGAUAGCGGUAACGUUAUCCAACAAACCCCAAGCAAUUGGGUGAAGCGGAUGAGGCUCGAGCUUGGCAUGAUGUACGAUGAUCUGUAUACUAAGUCCUGUGUGCUCAGGACAAGGAGUGGCAUCAUAUUGCGAUGCAUCUCUCAGGUGUCUGUUCUGGUUGCCUUGGUGCUCUUCCUCACGAGCGACAAACGGAGGUACAAUAGAGCCGACAUUGCAAUCACCUGGUCGCUCUUCGUAGGAUGCUUUUUGUUGGAAGUAUGUGCCACGUUUAUUUUGAUAAUGUCACCAUGGUCCUGGGCGUGGUUGAAGAUGCGAAGGUGCGGCAUGCUUGCAAAGUUGUCCUGGUUUCUCCUGUGCAGUGGCAUUGGAUGGCCAGAGAGGAAGCCAUAUCUAAAUUCAAUUGGGCAAUACAACUUCCACAGGUGGUUGGAUUCAGGCAGCGACCAGCCAAGGUCAUAUAGUCGACGAGCAAUGACCACGGUGAUCAAAAGCUUGGUGAAUUUGGUUGGUGUCAAAGAGGAUAAAAUGUUGUUCUGGAUGAGCAGGUUGUUAGACACCGAGCACGUGGAGGCAGAUAAGGAGACGAUGGAGUGUGUUGUCAAGGGAAUUACUGACUUCCAUGCUGAAAUCAACAGAGAUCCCCGGCAGUGGCCAAAACUUGGCGGCAUAGUGCAAGAGCUACAAGACAUUCGUGAAGAUUUUGGUGGAAAGGUUGCUUUAGUGCAUUUUAUCACAGAGGCACACUUGAGGAAAUAUCCUCUUCAUCCUCCUUCGGACAUGGAGACAGACACAGGUACCAGCUGCAGUGUCUUGGUGGAAGUAUGCCGGAAACUAUCCAACUACAUGGCAUACCUUUUGGUUACCCACCCUUCGCUGUUGCCGCUCAAUGACAGCGCCUUAUAUACGCUGGAGAAAAUGGCACACUUGUUUCCACAUCUUAUAGAUGAGCAGCAGGAUUCUGAAGGUUUCUUCAGCAUCGAGCCAAGCAUGGAAACACUGCAGGAGUUGGUAGACAUAUGGACCAAGCUGCUCAUCUAUGCGGCCACCAAGUCCCGGCCGGAGCUGCACGCGGCGCACUUGGCCAGAGGAGGGGAGCUUAUCACCUUCGCCUGGCUGUUCUUGAGCCACAACUUUUUGGGAGAUUCCGAGGUGAUCAAGGUGCAGCUUACCAAUGCCAAUCAAAGAGGGACGAUAGCAUACGUCUUCGGAAAUCCUGCACCAAGAUAAGAGCACCAGAUCCUACACAAGCCCUGCAGAGUGCAGACUCCUCUGUUCUUCAUUAGAUUUGAUUUUACUCCUCUUCUGUUUGCGUCUGGCGUAUGUCACGACGCAAAACAGUACUGAAGUUUAUACAGUACCGCAGCUGACAUCUAGAGGUAUGUGACAUUUAAUUUUUUGCAUUAAUGGCAUCACUUCAAAACUGAUGUAUUUGAGUGAAUAGGCAGUGCAAAAAUACCAUCCGCUGUAUUACUACAUUCCUUUGUUGUGGUAGCAUCAUUUAUACACUGCAGCUACAAUUGGGAUGCUUAGCUGUUACUGUACUAACUGAAGCCAGAAAAAGAACUUAAUCUAUCCAUGUGGGUAGAACAGGAACUGAGAAGCCAAAAAAAAAGGCUACUGCGAGGUAAGUCAUAACAUAUUUGUAUGGAGCAGUAGCUUUCAAGACUGCUUCUGAGACUUCAUAAUUCACAAACUUAUGAUAGUAUGCUUCAACAAGCAAUUCAGGCUCAAAGUUUAUAACUCACCCUAACUAAUUAACACGGCUAUGUGUGAAAUGAUCCCAAAUAGCGCAACUACUGUUCUUUCCAAAUAGCGUCACAUUCUCUGGCUGUUGUGAGAUCAACAAAUUCCAUAGUAUGAUCAAAUAUGGUAACUAAGAGUUUCCGUUUGAACCCUCAGAAGCUGCUAGGUGACAAAAGUCUAAAACACUGGAAUAGAGUAAGUAUCAUCCUCACAAACUUGUUCCAUUUUUCUCUAUCUCAAGAAAAGCAUCAUCAUGUCCCUGGCAAUCACAAAUAAUUCUAAGACCACCAUAGUACUCCAAAUUACAGAACAGUUCUGCAACUUAUGACUGGAUCUUCGAAGUCAGGUCACUAUUAGGAGGAGCUUAUAACAUGACUGAAUCUUUGUAGUCAGCUCAUUAUCAGGAGUAGCUGCAAGACAUGAUUUGUGAUGGUGAGGGUAUAGUGGCAGAGUUCACCUAUCCAGAGCUGAGACGGAGCUCACUAGUUAAGGCUACAUUACAAUUGGCUGUUAAGGUGGAAGAGGAGUGAAUACACAUGAAUGACAAGCAAAUCAGUAUCAGCAGCACAACCCCUCAGAGAAAAAGCAGAGGUUUGACACGUCAUCGGCAACUUAGGCAUAGGGGCACAUGUAUUAAUUACUCACUCCUGAUAAUCAUGAAGGACUUGGACAUGUUAAUCUCUGAGAAAAAGAUACAUGCAUGCAUUUUUGUUGUCAUGUAUGCACGUAUGUAUGUUUGCAUCUGAAGCUAGAUCGUCAUGGAAUCAAAUGCAGUUGUCGGGUUACGUUAGUACUAUAGUAGUAUUCGUUGAUUUCCGUUGCAGCACCAUCAGUGUAUUCGAUGUUAGAAGUAUAAUUGUGCUUAAGAUAGAGAAGAGUUAGAGAUAGAAUAUGUUUAAACAUGUACGACUUGCCAUCUACUUCAAGUCUUUUUUCCUUCACAUUGUACUCCUAUAUAUACCCCAUAUGAGUGCCAGAUCAAUACAACACAAUAAAGAUAUUUGGCAUUCUAUAUUUUCUAUAUUUGAAACAUACACAUGGCAGCUUAAAAGGGAUGCAGGGUGCA